AUGCGUGUAACCGUCUUGGGCAACAAUCUAACUGCACGGCAUUUUGUCAAUUAUCUUUCCGAAACUCAUCAAUCGGUGCAAAUCUCAUUGUGGACAUUUGACGUGUCAGAUUAUCCGGAAUUCGACAAUGUCUCGCAAUAUCAACGAUAUUAUGGAUCGAAGAAUUUGCCAAACGCGUUGCUCGGAUCUGAUGUUGUUGUAAAUUUGCACGAAUGCACCGAUUUUUCGCUUCUUCCAGAUAUUGGGGAAUUGCAAUUGCAUAAUGUGGAGAGUGAGUUUAAAAAAAUAUGAAUAAUUUUCAAUCAUACUAAUUGUUUCUAGUUGUUCGCUCAAUUCUGUUCCACAUUCAAUGCCCAUUGGUUCAUCUUUCUACUCCAUUUAUCCAGUGUUCAAACCGUUGGCCAAAUGUUUAUGAGCCGGAAAGAGAUCCAAUGGUUUACUCUUCCCAAUGGCCUUUCAAAGAGUAUUGUGCAAGUAAAUAUGAAGCCGAAAUGCUGAUCCGUGAUUCGUCCAACGAUUCAUACAUUGUUCGCUCGGUUCCAACUUAUGGAGAAGGCGACAAUUGCUCAAUUCUCACUGAUUUGAUCUAUUUAUCCAAUGAUAAAUCAGUUUUCUCACUUGGCGAUGAUGAUGGACAUAUGCAAAUGGCGUAUGCUGGAAAUGUAUCAAUGGCCCUUUGGAAUGCCACUUGCAAAUUGCUGUCACAAUCAACAACGUUGGAUUUGAACGAAUCUUACAACGAUGAUGAAUUGAGUGAUUUGGUUGAAUCUGCUGAAAAUUCAAUGAAAAUGCUUGGUGGAGGAGGAGGAGAUCUUAUUGAAAAGAAACUUGGAUUAACACCAAUUGUAAGUUGCCACAUGCCGGUUUAUAAUAUGCUGAAAUGUGUUUUUUUCUAGCUCGAAGAAGAUGAAGACACCGAUUUGGAAGGUUGUCGUGCUCGUCACAAUACUGUUCGCAGCAGUUUCACAGGUGAAACAGAACACGAGCAAAAAAUGGAGGAAAAUCUGAAAUUGGAAGAGUCCGGCGUUGAAUGCGAUGUUUUCGACGGCGAAACAACUGCAACAAUUAUGGAAAAUGAGCCAUUACCAGUUGCUCAUAGCACAAUGCUAGAAAAUGCCAUUUAUUCGAGUUACUCAUCAAAUUUUGAAACUGGAUCUUCUGGCGCCGAAGUUGAGAAACAACGAGUUUUCGAGAUUUUCUUGAUUAAUGAUGAAACUCCGAAAAAGACUGUAUAUAACACUUAUGGACAAUUGCUUUUCGUAAGUGAAAAUAUUCAUAGAUUUAAAAAAUGUGACAAAGAAAAUAUAUUUUCAGAACGGAAAACGCGGUCGAUCACCAAUCCAAUAUUCAUUCAUCCCAUUGUAUUAUAUCUAUGUGCUUUUCUCAUUUUUGGUCCGUUUUGCGAUCCAGAUUUUCGGACCAUUCCGAUUUGCAAAAUUGGUUAGUUUUUCGGAGCGAAAACUAGGCUAAAACUUGGUUUUCCAGCUUCCCGAUCCAUCAUUCCUCUACUUCAACUUCCAUCACUGGACAUUCUUCAACUCGACAAAAAGCGUUGUUCUACUUGGCUACAAACCUCAAAGUUUCCCAGAAAGUGUCGAAAAAUGCGCGAAACAUUAUCGACAGCUGCGCAAAAAGGACAUUCAACUUUUCUCGUGGCAAAAGUCGAUUUCAUCGGGACGAAGAAAUUGUUAUUGA